AUGGCAGCAGGCAACCACACAGCCGUAGUGGAGUUCAUCCUGCAGGGCUUCUCAGCAGACCCCCUGCUCCAGGUCUUGCUCUCAGCCGUUUUCCUCCUCCUCUACCUGAUGGCCCUUACAGGAAAUGGCCUCAUCAUCACAACCAUCAGCUUGAGCCCAGGCCUGCACACUCCCAUGUACUUCUUCCUCGCCAACUUGGCCAUUUUGGACAUCGUCUGCACAUCUACUGUUCUCCCCAAGCUGCUGGAGGGCCUGGUGGUCCAGGAAAACACCAUCUCCUACCACGGCUGCCUGGCCCAGCUCUUCUUCCUGACCUGGUUCCUGGGGGCUGAGCUGCUGUUGCUCACAGCCAUGGCUUUUGACCGCUACGUGGCCAUCUGCCGGCCACUGCACUAUAGUUCUAUCAUGAGCUGGCCACUGUGUACAUUGCUGGCCACUGCCGUGUGGACAGUCAGUGUGGUCAGCACAUCGGUACACACGGGCCUCAUGGCACAGCUGACGUUCUGUGGUCCCAACCACAUUGGGCACUUCUUAUGUGAGAUUCCCACCUUGCUGCUGCUCUCCUGUAGCCCCACGGCCCUCAACAGUGUCAUGAUUGUCAUGGCUGAUGUCUACUUUGGCGUGGUCAACUUCCUGCUCACCCUGGCCUCCUACGGCUGCAUCGUGGCCAGUGUCCUGCGCAUCCGCUCGGCAGCAGGCAAGCGCCGCGCCUUCUCCACCUGCUCCUCCCACCUCCUGGUGGUCACCUUGUACUACUCCACUGUCAUCUACAGCUACUUCCUUCCUGGCUCGGGGACCUCCAUGCAGAAUGAAAAGGUGGUUGCUGUGCUUUACACAGCAGUGAGCCCUGCUGUGAACCCACUCAUCUACACACUGAGGAACAAGGAUGUAAAAGUGGCCCUCCAGAAGGUUAUGCCCUCCUCUCAGUUAGGAAAGGGAGUGGGCAGGUGA